GUUGCUAAACCAAUUGCAAGACAAAUUUCAGGAAAAAGAGGAAUAAUUGGUCAACUCCUAAAUGAUGAAGCGGAUAUUACUUUUUUUCCUCUACUUGUUACAAAAGAUCGAGCCGAAAAUCUUAUCUAUUCAACUAGUACAACAGUGUCUGAGAUCAAAUUUGUAAUUCGUACCCAAACAGCGAAGCAUAGUGUGAAUACACUUACUAAACCAUUUUCAAUACAAAUCUGGAUUACGAUAUUCAUUACCUUUAUCCUCUUCGGAUUUACCCUUAAUAAAAUGGUACAAAAUGAAUCUAGAUUGAACAGAAUGAUUUACACUUGGACAAAGAGUAAAGUAUUUUGGUUCAUGUUCGGUAGUUUCACAAGUCAAGGAGGAAGAUUUCGUACUAUUAAAAAAAGUCGUUCCAGAUUAUUAGUAUCAAUUUGGUUACUUUCUGUUCUGACUAUUGCAUCCAGCUAUGGAGGAACUCUCAUAUCAUUUUUGACUAGACCAACAGUACUUUCUGUACCAAGCACGGUACACGAAUUGGCUUCUGAUGUUACUAAUGGAGCGUAUUCUUGUGGCACAGAAUACGCGAGUGCAGUAACAAAACUUGUUUUGGGUUCACAGUCAGGAGAUGCUAAAAUUUUAGCAAAUAACGUGAAGGAGAAUAAUAACAUAUACACUCUUGAAAAAGCAUUCAACAGAGUUUUAAAUGAUAAUUUUGUUUUCAUUUCUAAAGAUUACAUUCUUUCCAAAUUUGUAGAUGAACAUGGCCCAGCAAACUUCUUAAUUUCAAAAGAUUCUUUUCUUACAUUACCUACAGCUUAUUUAAUGAGGAAAGACUUUCAAUAUAGAAGAAAUAUCAGCAAAAUACUCGUACGAUUACUAGAAGCUGGAAUUACUAGAUAUGAUGAUUAUUCAAAUGGUGAUGUUGGUAAUAAAUCUGAAGUUUACACAUUAAGUAUUGAACAUUUGUUUGGUGCCUUUUAUCUUCUUUUUCUGGGUUACGUUCUUUCUAUUUCUUGUCUGUUCGUUGAGUGCAUAAUAGGGAAAAAGAAAAUACCCUUUAUUGACGUUCACUCUUCCUCUACAAGUGUUCAGUAAAACGCAUAACCGAAAUAGUCUUUUUUUGACAAAAAAGCACAAUAUUCAACCGUGACUUCGCUGAAAAGAGAACACAUUGUGUUUUACACUCUCAUCAGUAUAAUUGAAAUUAUUCUCUAUUUCCUGAAUAAUUCAUCUUAAUUUUAAUUAAUAAUUGAAAUUUGAUGACAACUAUCAUUUCAUCUAGUCUAGAAACUACCUAGAUUAGAUAAAAAUUAAUUGUGGUACAAAAGAAAAGUGGAGAAAAUGAUCCUAAGAGGUUGACAAAUUUUAAUGCUAUUGUAGUGAAAAAUGUUCACUUAAAAUAGAUGCUAAACAACAAGAAGCUUGCUGAACAAAGUAUAAUAUUGUAAAUAAGUUGUAUUACCUAUGUCACUGUUAAUUAAUCGAUGUAUCAUGGCAUAUA